GGAGGGGGUGACGGGGUGGUGACGUCACUGCACAGGAAGUGAAGCGCGCCCCGCGGAGUCGCAAGGCCGGAGGCGACAACGACUCAGCACUGCAGCGACUACUCAACUUCUACUAACAUCGUACAGCUACUAACAUCGUACAGCUACUAUCUCAUCACCACUACUACUACUGAGGUACGCUGGAGUGAGCAAGGCUGAGAACCCCCCGCUGCUGCUGCCUUUUUCAAGGCCCCAUGAGCCUCGGCUGCUGCCUCCACUGAGCCACGACUUCACGUGUGGAGGAGGAGGCGGAGGAGGAGAUGGCAACUGUCGGAGAGGGAGGGAGGGAGCCAGGGCUGACGAGGCAGGAGAGCGUCAACUCUGCAACCCGGCCGCUGGAGCUGUGUGUCUACUUGGCGGAUGACAUGCCGGUGCCACUAGUUGUUGAGAAUGGUGCAGGUGUCACGGCUGGGGAGCUGUGCCACUACCUGCAGGAGGCACACGGUCUUCCAACCCUCGCCAACGACGUCUUCGCUCUGUGGCUCAUAUCGUCACGGCUCGAGCUGCAGCUGAAGCCGCGCCACCAGCCGUACCGCCUGUGCCGUCAGUGGCCGGACCUCCUCUACCGCUUCACCGACUGCCCCCUGAGUCACAUCCAUGAUGAUGUGCCGGCUCUCAUCUACCGCAGGAACGUGUUUUUUCCCAAGAGCCGAGAAGCAGAGGUGACAAACACUGAGAUGCUGGGGUUGCUGUACCGCGAGGCGAAGGGCAACGUGUUGGCCGAGCGCUACCCAUGUGACCCGGCUGUGCUCACGCAGUUGGGCGUUCUCACCUGCGCCAUCGAGAUGGGCCCUCACGACCCCGCUCAGCACACCGCCGCCCGCAUCAAAACAUCGUUAAGCGAGUACCUGCCCCCCCACAUGUGCAAGUCCGGCGGAGGGAGCGGAGGGGGGCUGCUCUCAGGGCUGCUGUCUCGGGGGACAGCGGGAGGGGGCAGCCGCCCCCCAGCACGGGAGCUAGUGCUGCUGCAGGGCUACGAGAAUCUGUGCAGGGAGCAGGGCGCAGAAGCCUGCACCCAGCGCACACCCCUGUUCAUGCAGUACCUGCGCAUCUGCCAGCAGCUGCCCUACUACGGGUGUGCGUUCUUCUCUGGCGAGGUUGAGCGGCCCGCAGGAGGUGGGAUGCUCCGCCUUGUGGGAGCCGGCCGUAAGCCUGUGCUGGUCGCUAUUUCCCUCGAAGGCAUCUACAUCAUUGACGUCAAGGAGAAGCAUGUGCUGCUGGGCCUGCGCCACACGGAGCUGUCGUGGGACGUGACGGGCCCCGACGAGGAGCACCCGGACGACGCCCACGCGCUCUGGCUCGAGUUCGACGGCACCGAAGACGGCGCUGCCGUCAACCGCCUCCUCAAGGUCUACUCCAAACAGGCCGAGCUGAUGAACGGGAUGAUCGAGCACUGCAUGGAGCUGAGCCACGCGACGACCCCUGCCACACCCUUGAAUUCGGUGGCCCCCGUGACCCCCGUGACCUCUAGCGAUCCCGAGGAGCCCGCUGUCAUUACGGGCCCCUCCUCGGAAGGAGGGGCUCCCAACACCGCCAGUACCGAGGCAGGGGCCAGGGGGCGCGGGCGUAGGGGGAAACUGCAGCGGCAAGAGAGCGUGCUGGACAGUCGGGUGGAGCAGCUGUCCACCAUCUCAUAUGUGGACGACGGGAAGGAGCUGCGGCGUGUGAAGCCACGUCGCGCCGCCUCUUUCUUCUCGCGCCAGCCCAGCGUCUCUGGCAAGGUCUAUGCCACCGUGGCGGCCACGGAUGGCACCGGCGACGGGGCUCCCUAGCGCCUCCCUCCCACACCCGGCGUGGCCCCCCCUCUCCCCCUCCCCCCCCAACUUCGCACACCGGUGGAUGUCGGGGACAACCGUCACGAAUGGGCACAGCUUGCCUUGAAUAGACGGGAGCCGUCGGCUCCACCUGCAACACCGGCUGAUAAUGGCAACGACAAUCGCACGCGGCGAGGCGCGCGUUUCCACACCCGUGCCGGCGCCAUCGCCACUACCGCCACAGCUAGCUCGACCGCCUCCAACGCCGCCACUGUGCUGGGCUCAUCCCGGGGUGGGAGCCGCGGUGAUUGAUGGGUCAUGGUGGCAGCGUUUACGAUGUGCGGCGCAAUGCUUAACGUGGCAGCAGCAACACGAGACCAAUUAUAUGAAUGUUUACACAGCGACUGUCUGGGCGAUGACACUCCCUCCGACCGCGACGGCCGGGCCCCAGCACGACGUCCCUCCUGCGCCUCUCCCACCCUCCCCCCACCCUCCCCCCACCCUCCCCCACCCUCCUCCCACCCUCCCCCCACCCCCCCCCCCACCCCCCAGCGCGUCCACGCGUGAACAAUCGGCCGCCCACCCCCCAGUGUUAGCACUCGUUGUUUUCUACGCGUUUUGAGUAAAACUUUUGAGCAGUUGUCAGCGCUUUUGGUGAGUUCUGCGCUGGCUCCGUUAGCAACAACGGUGUGCGAGCGGUGGGGGGGAAUUCUCACGGUUAUCACCGCCCGUGAUUGUGCCAAAUCACCGCGACAGGUUCAUGUCUGGAAUGGGGCUCGCUGGCUUCGUGUCGGGUGACGACGGAGCUUAAUUUCUCACUGAAUAUUUUCCCGGUCGCUGGCAGACUGGUGUGUAAGGUGGCACGUGACUGGUAACCACAGCCAUAGCAAGAGGUAAACUGGACAGACAAAGCUGAGACCAAGUGUCUUUGUGGAAAAGUGUGUGUGCAUGGUGUCUGGCUUUCGAGAUGGAGAAGCUAUCCAGAGGGUGGGGGUCUCCUGAAUUUAAGUAAUGGAGGUUGUGUGCUUCCUGUUUUUUCUGAAUCAGGAAUUUAGGUAUGGAAGGGACCCCCCAGGCGUAUGUUGAACUUCUUUCGCACCGUACGUAGCCAACCGUACUAACCGGAGGUGCGGGGGAAGGACAACAAACUAAACACAAAAAGCGGUUAAGAAAUUAGUUUUCAAUAUAGUCCCUCUGAGGUAGGUAUAUAUGGAUCCAGGGGUGGUGUGUGGUUUUUCUGAAGUGGGAGUUGGUGUGGUCCUCCCUGCGCUGCCCUGAGCUAGCGGAAGGGGUGGUGUUCGGUGCACCUCUGCUUUAUGGAGUGCGGAUGGUGUGGUUCAUGGGGCCCCCCGAGUUAGGGUAAUGGGGGGUUGUGUGUGUGGAUGCGUGCUCCCUCAAUCUCAAUCCUGGAAUCCCCUGAGCUCGGGACCACAGCAAGGCGGUGGCCCCAGGUCCCCCUCCCCCUGCUGGCUUGCGUCUCUGCGCCACUCGGUUGAGAUUAACUCCUCUCUCACGCCUCAUCGCAUUUUAUUUCUGCAGCAAGAGAAUUUACAACCAAGAAUAAAACACGGCACAGCUCUGUACAAGCCCUAACCCCACCCGCCACGC